AUGUCUUGGUUUUUGGUAGUGUGAAGAGAACUACUGGAAGGAGAAUAUUUAUAAAGGUUAUUAGUAAUAGAUCUACUGCAACAUUGCUUACUGCAAUAGAGAAAUAUAUUAGUUCUAGAUCUAUUAUGUUUUUGGAUAUAUGGCAUUCCUACUCUGGAAUAAAUUCU